GCUACACUCAAUUCAAUGUUGCCAUCACUUUCACUCUUUCCCAUCCAAGCAAAAUUUCUUCUCUUUAUUUCCUUUUCACCAAACGGACAACUCUACAUUUCUAUCAGCAAAUCGUAGAUUGCUGGGAAUUAAAUGGAAACUGAUUCUGCGGUGGACUCUAAUUGGCUAUUGGACUUUGGCUUAAUCGAAGGCAUCUCCGCCGUUCCCGGCGGAUGCUUCACCGAGCCUCCGCCGCCGGCCGGCACCGCCUUCAGCUGGCCCUGUCAACCUCUUCACGUCAACGGUUCCUUUAACGUAAGUGAGGAAAUUGACUACUUAUUUGGGGAUUCAGAAGUCUUUAAGGAAGCUGGGCCACGGAAACGGUUGAAGUCUGAAUCACGUAGUGCAUCUGGCUCCAAAGCAUGUCGGGAGAAAUUGCGAAGGGAUAAACUGAAUGAGAGGUUCCUGGAAUUGGGUUCUAUCCUGGACCCUGGAAGGCCACCCAAAGCAGACAAGGUUGCUAUUCUGAGUGAUGCUGUUCGAAUGGUGACUCAGCUACGGAGUGAAGCCCAGAAGUUAAGAAAGUCAAGUGAGGAUUUGCAAGAGAAGAUUAAAGAGUUGAAGGUGGAGAAGAAUGAGCUCCGUGAUGAGAAGCAAAAGCUAAAGGCAGACAAAGAGAAGCUGGAGCAGCACGUCAAAACCAUGAGUGCAAAACCAGGUUUCCUCCCUCAUCUCUCUGCAGUGCCAGCUGCAUUUGCUACUCAAGGCCUAGCUGGUGGAAAGACGUUGAUGCCUUUCAUCGGUUACCCUGGUUUUGCAAUGAGGCAAUUCAUGUCACCUGCUAUGGUUGACACGUCGCAAGAUCAUGUGCUCCGUCCUCCAGUUGCUUAACUUGGCAGACUUAAAUGUUUGGUUCACAUUCUUUGUGCCAAAGAAUUGAUACACUUUUUUCUUUUUAGUCUUUAACUAUGUUGACAACUAUGUUGACGAUGGUUUCCUUGAGUAGAAAAAGUUUGCUAAGGGUGAUGGUUGAUGUUUGGAAACUGGUGUGAAUGUUUUCACUAAUUGCAUGUAACAUAAAAUAAGCAAAUAUAUUGGUUGUGUUUGUUCA